AUGGAUAACAAAGACUCAGAAGCUGAGAUCCACCCUCUGAAGACUGAGGAUGUAAAAGCUCAAGAGAACCAUGAAAACUCUGUGGAGAGAAGAAUUGUCAGCAAGCAGUCAUCACAACUGUCUCGGCUGUCCCGGUGGCGCACUGCUGCCUUCUUCAUCUCAUUAUUUCUGUGUCUGAUAAUUGUGUUUGCUUUCUCAUUUAUCAUUCCUUGCCCAGAGAGGCCAGUUUCAGAAAGAACAUGGUUCCGGAACUACGACAAUGCAGGUGAGCUUGCUUUUCUUGCUAUAGAAGAUGUGAAUGAAGACAAAGUGCAAGAUGUCAUCUUUGCUUUCAAAGCUAGCAACGGCAGCAGCAGCUUCAACAGAUCCUGUCUGGAUGAAGGUCUGCCUUCUCCAUGUGCCUUUGUUGCUGCUGUGUCUGGCACGAAUGGCAGAGUGCUCUGGGAGAGGCCUGCUGGUGAGGAGAUUGAGUGGAUGGAGUGUGGCAUCAAGCAGCUCGGGGGGGCUGAGGUCCCAGGAUGCUUGGUCGUGGGGAAGCCGGCAUCUCUUACGGCAGCUGACCUGCGGACAG